CCGCCCCUGUCCUGCGUGGCCUUGAGCGUCGCCCCCUCUCUGGGCCCCAGCUUGCGCGCGGGCGCGGAGGGACCGGUGUCCUCGCGUGGCGCCGCGCUCUUCACCUUCUACCUGAGGGUUGGGAGCGUGCGCGGCCGCAGCCCGCACUGCCCGGUGGCCGACGCUGUGGAUCGUGAAUCUCCGACUUUCCUUGGCUCGUUUCUCCCGGGCUCCCGGGCCCUACGUCCUCACUUAACCUUGGGAGGCGACGCGCGCUCGUGAGGGCACUUGAUUUCUGUGGGCACCGCAGCAAGCGCUCCGUAGAGGGCCUCGUCCUUCCGUGUCCCGAGACGGCCAUCAGGCAACGCGUGCGGUCAGAUCCCCGCGGGCGGCCGGCGUGUUGGAUCGGCUGUGUUCUCCCUUCAGGAGAUGACAGACUUCCCGCAAAAGCACUGGCGUUUCUACCGGACGGCGAAAGGGUGCCUAGGAUCAGGAGCGGAGAUUAACUGCCCGUCCGAAUGCGCCGUCUGUGUGGCCCUCGCUCGUCGUGAGGCCUCGUCCACUUAGGGACAUUUGUGGAGCCCCAGCUGUGAGCCGCCUGGGGUGCUGGGCACCGGGAAUGCAGAGCGAUGCAGGUUACCAGGUAACAGGGGUGUUUAUGAAGAACUGGGACUCCCUGGACGAACAUGGGGUCUGCACUGCUGACAGAGACUGUGAGGACGCGUACCGAGUUUGCCAAAUCUUAGACAUCCCUUUCCACCAGGUGUCCUACGUGAAGGAGUAUUGGAACGAUGUGUUCAGUGAUUUUUUAAAUGAAUAUGAAAAAGGAAGGACUCCCAACCCUGACAUCGUCUGCAACAAGCAUAUCAAAUUCAAUUGUUUUUUUCAUUAUGCUGUGGAUAAUCUUGGAGCCGAUGCAGUUGCCACCGGUCACUAUGCAAGAACUUCGCUGGAAGAUGAAGAAGUCUUUCAGCAGAAGCACAUUAAGAGGCCAGAAGGGCUUUUCAGAAACCGAUUUGAAGUUAGAAAUGCGGUAAAGCUUCUCCAAGCAGCCGACAGCUUUAAAGACCAGACCUUCUUUCUCAGCCAGGUUCCCCAGGAUGCCCUGAGGAGAACCCUCUUCCCACUGGGGGGGUUAACAAAAGAGUUUGUAAAGAAAAUAGCUGCUGAGAACAGACUUCAUCAUGUGCUUCAGAAGAAGGAGAGCAUGGGCAUCUGCUUCGUUGGUAAAAGAAAUUUUGAAAAUUUCAUCCUUCAGUAUUUACAGCCUCGGCCCGGUAAAUUUAUUUCUAUAGAAGACAAUAAAGUUCUGGGGACACAUCAAGGUUGGUUCCUGUACACUUUGGGCCAGAGAGCCAAGAUCGGUGGCUUACGCGAGCCCUGGUAUGUGGUGGAGAAGGACGGCACCAAGGGCGACGUGUUUGUGAGCCCGAAGCCCCAGGACGUAGCACCUUUGGUCUGCCUCAGGGGCAGGCUAGCUAGACUGGAAGGCCAGGAGCGCUUGGGGGUCGGGGACAGGGUCCUCAGAAGCAGACCACCUCAGCUGGCCCCGGCCCCGCGGACGGACCACCCGGCCUUGUACAGGGACCUGCUGCGGACGAACCGCGUGCACUGGAUCGCGGAGGAGCCGCCCGCAGCCCUGGUCCGCGACAAGAUGAUGGAGUGCCAGUUCCGGUUCCGCCACCAGAUGGCGCUAGUGCCCUGUGUCUUGACCCUCAACCAAGAUGGCACCGUGUGGGUGACGGCUGUGAAGGCUGUGCGGGCCCUCACCCCGGGACAGUUUGCCGUGUUCUACAAAGGGGGUGAGUGCCUGGGCAGUGGGAAGAUCCUGCGUCUGGGGCCAUCCGCCUACACUCUCCAGAAGGGCAAGAGCAAAUCCACAGUGGCCACCGAGGGCUCCGGCGACAGUCCAGGCUCGGGUCCCGUGCUCUAAGUGCUGGCAGCAGAAGUGACGGAGCAGAGCCCAGGGUGGCCAGCCAGGGUCUACCCGGGUUGAUGCCGCUGAACCGGGGAGCCUGGCCCGGGAGAGCCCAGGAAGGCCCGUCCUGUCUUCUCCAGUUGGAGCUCUGGCUAGGAGGACUUGCUCGCUGGCGGGUCUGUCCCAGGCGCCCCAUUAUAGAGUUCCUUUCCUACCCAGGGAAGGUUUCCACCGGGAGCACACGGAGGGGACCUCUGCAGGGGCUGCAGGGACAGCGUUGAAUAAAACUUCUGUCCAGGACAUGGAUUCUGAUGGCGGCCUCCGUGAGUGGAGGACCAAGUGGGCUGUCGCGAGGGCUCCACAGCACGCCCCCGGCAUGUGGGAAGGCAGAUGGACAGCACAGAGAAGCGAUGGAAACCCCGCCCUCCUGUCCCUGUGAUCCUGGCCUCACCUGAGGCUGAGGACACUUGACGGGCCUUGAGCUGAGUCCCAGCAGCUCAGGGUCUGGGAAGGAUGAGAUCUUGAGGCCACCCUACCCUUGCAGGGUGCCCAGCACCCUGGCUGGUCUGUCAUGUUGAAAACUGCAGGGGUCUUCGUCCCAGUGAGGGGUUCCCGUGAGGUAGAAAGUUGGCUGGGGUGCACUUGUGCGUGUCUUCGGCUACCAGAAGGGAAGGCCUCUGGCUGGUACGCAGCAGACGCGUAUGCUUACAGGUCUGGAGGCGGGUCAGCAUGGUCGGGUGAGGGCCCUGGUGGGUCCCAGGGCCAUCUCCUCUGUCCUCACACAGGAGAAGGGCCCUGGUCCCAUGCUGGGGCUCCGCCCUCCUGCCCUAAGCACCUCCUGAAGGCCCCUGUCCCAGCACUGUCACAUCAGGUGUUAGGGUUUUUACCUGAAUUUCAGGGACACACUCAGACCAUAGCAGUGCAUGUGUGUGCGUGCAUGUAGUGUGUGUGGCCGGCUGCGAGCUGCUUGGCAGAUGAGAAUAAAGAACUUCAGA